CACAAGUUCGUACGCAACUAACCAGGCCCAAGAACACGAUAUCGCUCUCUCAACUCUACGGUCCGACUUCAUUGGCAGCGCUCCGACGAAUACAGCGGGGUAAGCGCUGUACCGCAAAAUAACGAGUUUAUAAACAAAGAAGCGUGCAUGUGAGCAGCGCCCCGAUCCGUGUUGCGGGAGGGGCACAGCAGCACGCGGCAGCUGUAGGAACAGUAAAGAGAGUGCAACGUAAGCUGCUAGCGGUGCUCACGAGUGCAUGUUGCGUGACACAUGAAAUCGGUCUGUUGCUUUCCUUGUUACAUUGGAGCAGAGUGUACGAAUUCGGUUAGGCAUUGGUGACGGUUGCUAUUGAAUUUUGCUUUGCUGUGUGUAUCUGGUAACAACGUAAGUUAAGCAAGCCAGACGUGUUAGGGCACAAUGUCGGAGUCGGACAGUCUGAGGUGGCGAAUUCAGCAGGUCCACGGGACUAGAUGUGCUUUACUGCCAGAAUUUGAUUGUGGGAAACUUGUUAGCAGAGAGGGACUUCAUAUCGAACUAUACACGCACAAGACGAAAUCUCAGGUGUUUGCUAAAGCAACUAACGGUAAAAUUCACUUCUCUGGACAGAUAGAGCUGUUAGGUACGACGACGUAUCUUGCUGUAGAAGACGUCGAAACAGGGGACGUUGAUUUGAUUCCUGCGUACAAACUUCCAAUGAAGAAAAGCAUCGAACAGACAAUUGUACGACCAAAGAAUGAUCGCAGUUAUGCCGACCGCUACAAAGAUUUCACGGAGAACUUUGGUACGAAAGCAUUACAAAAUAUCAUUAAGUCUCGCGAGCGAUUGCAGGUAUCGCAAGAUAACGCAGUCACGACCGCAUCGGAUACGUUAAAUGAGACCGUUGUCGAGGAGAAGUCCGAAGAUGUGUCAGUGAUCGACGAUUCAAUGGUCGAAUUCCCUCAGCGAAAUGCCGAGUACACUUCGGCCAAAGGAGUGUAUAGCGUCCAUGAGGUGUUUAGUCGCAUUGAUGCGGAAUGCUUCGAUAACUACGCGGCUAGUAACUGGGCUUUUGAGGCGGCCAGCAAGGACAAAAUCAUCGAAUGGGCCGCCAAUGAUACCUAUUCAAAGUACGUUUUGCAGCGACUUGGUCAGGUGUCGAAUAAUGAGAAUCUACGCAAAAUGCAGCUACGCUGUCUAGCGGCGUAUGAUAUAUUUACAUACAUUUAUAAGAUGAAGGUGAAAGAAUUGCGGUCACGAGACCCUAUGCCACGUGUCGAAGAACCAUACAAAACGCAGAUUAUGAACGUAUUCUCCAGGGUCAUUAUGGAUGGCAAAGGAAGAGGGUUGCGAACGAUUUCGGCAAAAGCCAAGGACAAGAUUGUUGCACAUUGUUUAUUGCUCCAACUGCUGCUUGAAGACUUUCGAGUUGAUCUAAGUCUCUUACAAAAUGAUAUUAAAGCACCAACGGUACGCUUAACCAAUGUGGCCUUUAUGUUGGGCUGCCACGUGAUUCAGGGCAGAUCUCCGUCGGGAAUCACGACACGGACAGUAGUACUGAAAAUUCCACUGUUCGAGUACAAGGGAGAGAGCGGUCGACGGAAAUCACAACGAGGCAAAUAAACUACGUCUGAUAGAGUGCAUAUUGUUAUUGGACGUUUUAGGUUGUUUGUGUACAAACUGUCUAAUAAGUAAAUGCGUUUUUUACAUUAUUUGA